UAGUAAAAAACUAUAAUGUUAAUAAUAUAACAGUUUGUAAACGUAUUUCACAAGAAGUUUUAUUAUAAAAAAUACAAAAAUUUAACAACAAGAAAUUAUAACAAAAAAAAUGAAAAUUUCAAAAUUCUCAUACUAUAAAAUGUAUUAUUUGAUUUUAUCCGUGCUUUUGAAAAUUAGAGCAAUCAAUAUGCAAAAUAAUAAAAAGUAUGUUUUCAAUAAAUUAUUGUCACAACCUGGAUGGCGAAAUUUAAAUGACGUGGAAAAAAUAAACUAUUGGAAUUAUAGGUACACAUUAUUAGAUGUACUUAAAGGUAAUAUAAAUUAUGAUGAUACUCAAAUUCGGUGUACAACCGUUUACCUUGGAUGUUCUUACGCAUAUGUGUUACAAGAGGUUUUAUAUAUGAUUAAUCGUUUUCAAAAUCAUUGCAAGGAAAUUAUCAUACAAAAUGACUUCGAUCAAUACGCGUACAACUGCUUCAUUGAAGUUAAAGAUACACUACUAAAUAUACAUUGGAUGGCAACAUUAAUGAAAGGUGCUAUGGACACUAUUGAAAAGUUCCAUAGUGUGCCAUGGUGGACACAUGUUAAGAAUUAUUAUUUCCUGAGCAAUGUGUUUGCCGACAUACAAAAUAGCUUUAAUUCACAAAAUAUAAAUAAUCUAGCUCCAAUACAAAAAAAUUUUCAUAUUGAAGAAAAACUAAAAACGAUCGAAAAAGUCUUAACGCGAAUAAACAAAGAAGUAAAUACAGAUAUAAAACAACGUUGUAAACUUAAAAGCCUAAAUUAUGAAUCAUUAUGGGAAAAUUGGGAAGAUGAAUUUAAUAAACAGAAAUCGACAGCAAUAAAAAAACCGUUUUAUCAUUUUCUUGGUAAUAAAAUCGCUAAUUUAAUGCAGUCGACUAUUCAAGAUAAAUAUUUUGGUUUAGGAUUCGAUUGCAACAAAGAGACCAACGAGACUUUUUUACCAGGUCAUCCAACUAUCUUUAAUCAAGAGAACACAAUUUAAAUAAUUUUCCUGACAAUUCUUCUACAAUACAAACACAGGAAGAAAAUGUAAAAGAACAUGAAAACAGCUCCUAAAAAGUAAUACAAUUUAUCACAAAUAUUCUAUUGAUAAACAAGAAUUCAACAUUCUAUUUAUUCAAAAUAAAUAAUUGAAACUAACUUUAUGAAAUUCCAUCAUAGUUGGACUAUUGUACAGACAAUUAAAAUUUUAAUUUACAAUUAUAUAAUUUGAAAUACAAUUUUAAAACUCUAGUAACAAAAUAUUAGUUUCAUUUUACAAUAAAU